AUGGACAUGCAUCGCCAAUGGAGGUCAUGGGAUGCCUGUAGAGAAGUCCCAGUCAUUCAGGAUGAGCAGAAACCUAGAAAGAGACUCCAGUGUGUGCAGUGGUGCUGUGGGGCCUUUGUGGGUUUAGUUGUGUUUGUGCUAUCACUUCUGAGUAAGUCAUCAUUUCUGCUUUUGGUGACACUGGGAAACAAUGCCACCAUUACCGUACCAACGGGUCAAAAACCCAGUGCUCUCCUUAGCAUUGGUUGUACUUUGGUUGGACCGAGUGUUUUACUCCUGAUUAAGAGCCUCUGGAAGUUCAUCUUCAAGAGUUCAGUAAUACCAAGUAUGAAGACUGUGCUAUGGGUCUUAUGCAUGGAGUUCCUGGUCGCCAUGGGAGCUGUUCUUCUCACAGUUGUUGCCAUGCCACAUUUUGAUAUUAUCACCAACAUAAUGCUCCUAAACAGUGUGAGCUUACUCUCUGCUGUGCUGCAAGUGGCAGCUGACUGCCUCGCCAAGGAGAGAACGAGAUUUAUAAUGCUCCCUAUCAUCGCCAUUGUCCUCAUUAUUCUCGGUUACGUUUUGUUCAUACUCAGUUUCCUCCUGGUGGAGAAUAGCACCUCAGAGGUGGUUACAGCUGUGGCGCUAGCCAUACUGGGCACGUUCUUUGUCUCUUUAAACUGGUGGGAGAACUACAGCACCCUUUUCAACGUUGGCUUCCUGAACGACAUCUCUAAGGACAUUGCAGAAUCACGCAAUAUGGUCUGCAUCCUGUCAAGCAUGGUCAGAAUCCUCAUCACAGGAAUUGUGGUUGGAGCCUACGUGCCACUGUAUGGCUAUGACUGGUAUACUAUAUCAUCUCUCCCCUCAGGCGUGAGUGACACCAUCAUUGGCUUGGUUGUCGUCCAGAUUAUUUCCUCUGCCAUGUGCCACUGGUUCGUGGUGGUGGCCUGUAAGAUACACGCCUUGCGUCGUAGCUUUGUUGUACCCAUUUAUCUGGCCUCUCUGGCUAUUUUAGCUGUUUUCCUGGUUCCAGUAAGCAUCUAUUCCAAUAGUGCAGCUGAUCCUGAAUCAGACAUACGCUACUGUGACAGCCUUCAACUAUCUGAGUAUCAACAAUCCAACAUCACCUGGUUUGAGGGUUUGAUGAAGGACGUCACCCGAACACUGUGCAACCGACAAAUCGUGGCUGACAUGAACUUGACUGGAUUGACUUUUCUGGGCGGCUUGGCCCUCUGCUGGUGGCUGGGACUCAUAUUUAGUACAUUGUACAUCUGGUUCCUUCGAAUCAAGCGUAUCCAGAGAACCCAAGAUCUGUUUGUUCGACGAAUGUAUGAGGGUGCAUUUCUGGAACAGUCCAUGCUGCUCAACACUCGGUUUGAAAUCAGAAAGAGGAUUAAAGAAAGACGGUCCAAAGAGCCUGUAACAGUGUAUCUGUGUGCAACAAUGUGGCAUGAGACUUAUGACGAAAUGAUGAAAAUGAUCAUUUCAAUGUUCAGGUUGGACAAAUACAGGCCAAAGACAACAACAGGCAGUGAUGCCAUCUUUGAAUUUCAUAUCUACUUUGAUGAUGCCUUCAAAGAUGUAAAGGGCAGUAAAGAGAGGCAUGCUAAUGAGUAUGCUGAGACACUGGUGGAAGUCAUCAGAGAAGUCUACACUAUUUUCAGUGAAGAGGAUCCAUGUGUCUUCAAGAAACGUCCACCUCUUCCCAAUCAGAAGAUCCUACGGACCCCCUAUGGAGGCAGACUGGAAUACACUCUCCCUAAAGGCAACGUGCUGAUGGUUCACUUCAAAGACAAACAGCUGAUCCGUCACAAGAAGAGAUGGUCUCAGAUAAUGUACCUGUAUUACCUACUUGGCUGGAGACUCAACUCAAAAUACUUCAAGAUGUUUGCAAGAGGUGGAAAUGAGAGUAGACUUAAGGCAGCUCUGCAGAAAGAGAAAGAGAACACUUACAUCCUGGCCCUGGAUGGGGAUACAGAUUUCCAGCCCUCUGCUUUGAUGCUCCUGAUUGAUCGUCUUAAACUGUAUCCAGAGGUUGGUGCAGUUUGUGGACGAAUUCACCCUACAGGCACAGGGCCAAUGGUGUGGUAUCAGAAGUUUGAGUAUGCUGUUGGCCACUGGAUGCAGAAGACAGCAGAGCAUGUGUUUGGAUCUGUCCUUUGCAGUCCUGGCUGUUUCAGUCUUUUCAGAGGGGCUGCUCUCAUGGAUGACAACGUCAUGAAAAGAUACACCACCAAGGCCACUGAAGCCAGCCACUACGUACAGUAUGAUCAGGGUGAGGACCGUUGGCUAUGUACACUGCUACUACAACAGGGCUGGAGGGUGGAGUAUAACGCAGCUGCUGAUGCCUACACCAAUGCCCCGGAGGAGUUCAAGGAAUUUUACAACCAAAGGAGGCGCUGGGGUCCCUCCACCUUGGCCAACACCAUUGACCUGUUGGGCUCCGGAGACCUGACCUGCCAGCGUAACAGCUCUAUAUCCAAACCUUACAUCCUUUAUCAGAUUGUUGCCACAGGAGCUUCAAUCCUGGGCCCUGCCACCAUCUGCCUCAUGAUAGCAGGAAGCUUCACUUUCAUUUUUGAUAUUGAGCCAAACAAUUCCCUUCUUCUGGCCACGUUACCCCCGAUUAUUUACUUGGGUCUGUGCUUCAAGCUGAAAGGGGACAUACAGAUAAAAAUAGCCGCUGUACUGAGCAUAUUGUAUGCGUUUCUCAUGACGGCCACCAUUUUGUCCAUCAUAGGGGAUAUGGUGAGGCAGGAAACAUUUUUCACUCCUGCUGGUCUCUUCCUCAUCACCAUGGUUUUUAUGUAUAUCGCCACGGCAGCCUUUCACCCCCAGGAGUUCUCUCUCAUCAUCUACGGCUUUUUGUACUUCCUCUGCAUUCCCAGCGGAUACCUGUUGCUGACCAUUUACUCCAUUGUCAACAUGAACAAUGUUACAUGGGGAACCCGUGAGAGUGGUGGACAGGCCAAGGCUCAGACAGCUGAUGUCAUUAAGAAGCGACUGAUGCAGGUCAAAUGCUGGGUUGCACGUCUACAAACGAAAUCUAAUGAAUUCUCAUUGUAUGAGGACACCCUGUCUGAGGAAGAGACUGAGUUUUGGCGAGAGCUUCAGAAAAAGUAUUUGGAACCUUUGGCAGAGGAUAAGGAACAACAGAGAAAAAUUGCAGAAGAUCUACAAGGCCUCAGAGAUAAGGUGACAUUCUCUUUUUUCAUCUGUAAUGCGUUGUGGUUGGUGGCAACCUUCUUUCUCCAAGCCAUUGGUAAAGCAGUGACCAUACCAAUUCCAAAAAUGUAUGCGAAUGGGACAAUAGUGAGAGGAGAGAUCAUUUCCAUUGAUCCAAUAGGAUUGAUGUUUCUGCUGGGAUUUGCCACACUACUGGUAGUGCAGUUUCUUGCAAUGUUGUACCACAGAAUUUAUACCCUGAUCCAUUUUGUGUCAUACAUUGACACAGAGACCAAGGCUGUUAGAAAACUUGAGAAAAAGGACAGCUGUCUAGAAGGGUUCCAAAACACAGCCUCAGCUGAAGGUGGGGAAGCAAAGUACAAAGUCAUAGUCAAAUUUUGCAUUCAUGAACCAGCCAGAUAUUCUCAAAUCCUCAAAGCAUUUUGA